UGCAACCAUUUUUUAUAUUUCCUGUUUUCAAAACAAAUUAAUUAUUUAUACAAGUAUAUGAAAUGAUUUAAUGCAUAUUUAUUUACUUUGAUAAACAGACACACAACAUUAUGAGUUAUUCUAAAGGAUUCUCAAAAGCAAUGCAACUUUUUUUCGUCAAUAGUUCUUUAAGUUCUCUAAAAUACAUUGCUGAAAAAAAGAGAAACAAAUUUGAGAGAUUUCUAUGGAUAAUAUGCAAUGUUGUAUUCCUAAUCGCCACAUCAUUAAUGAUUAAAGAGCUGUGGCUGAAUUUCGCAACGGCUCCAAUAGUCACAACGUUGGAAACUCACCAAUUUCCAGUGGAAAAUGUACCAUUUCCUGCUGUUGGUAUUUGCAAUAUAAAUAAAAUGAGUCUACAAAAAGCAAAAAGUUAUGCUAACUGGCUUUCUUCAGUCACAAAUCUAUCUUCAGAGAUGUUGUGGGAAGAUUUAAAAUUAUUAGGACAACUGAAUAAUUAUGAAAUCGACGACGUGGAAAAUAUAUUCAGGUUCCAAGCGAUAUUGGACAGGGUUGCAGUGCAACAUAAGAAAAGGGUACAUCCCCGAAAAAUAAUUGAGGAAACAUCUCUUUCUUGCGAAGAAUUACUUGAUUCUUGCUCAUGGGGCGGGAAAGUCGUUAACUGUUCAACAAUAUUUCAACAGAGAUAUACUUACGAAGGCUUUUGUUGUACCUUCAAUUAUAUCAAACCGUUUUACGGAAUGCGGAAAGAAGUAUUUUUUAAUAAAGCUCAAACUCAAAAACCUGGAUACGAAGUGGGUUUAAAAUUAGUCAUCAACAACCGACCCGAGGACUACUUCUAUUCCACACUUUCGACCAUGGGUGUCCAAGUGCUGAUAUUCCAACCAGGAGAUUACCCAGACAAAGUCAGUGGUAGUUUGGUAGAUUUAAUAGCUCCGAUAGAAACUGCGACUUUUGUUGAAGUUACCAGCAGUAUUGUAAAAUCUGAGGACUCUAUUAAAGCUUAUCCACUUGAAAAGAGAAAGUGUAUUUUUUCAGAAGAAAUAAAGACGAAAUUAGGAGAGUACUCACAAAGUGAUUGCUUUGUUGAUUGUGUAAUGAAAAGCAUGAAUUCAUUAUGUGAAUGCAUUCCAUAUUAUAUGCCUCCAGCUUACCAGGAAAAUGUUUGCACGUUAAGUGAUGUACCUUGUUUAAACAAAUACAUGGAAAAAUGGACCACUUCAGUACCGACAGAUACGGUACAUCUAAGUCUGGUAAAAGAGAAAGAGAGUGGUAGAACUUGUUCACCAAUUUGUUAUCCAGCUUGUGACUAUGUUAAUUACUACGUUUCUUCAAAUUCAUUUCCACUCGAAAGUAAUUCAUAUCCUAAUAAAAGCAUUGUACGAAUUUACAACAAAAAUCGUUUUGUCAAUGUCUAUAAACAGGACGUACUAUAUUAUUGGUUUGAAAUGUUUAGUAAUUUUGGUGGAAUUUUUGGUCUCAUGCUUGGAAUAAGCUUUACUUCGAUUAUCGAAUUAAUUAUGUAUUGCACUUAUAGGAGAUGCGUUUUUGCAGACGAAAUACUCACAGAAUUGGGCAACUACACUCAAAGUGACUGUUUCGUAGACUGCAGAAUAAAAAGUUUCCUCGGUAUUUGUGAAUGUGUACCCUAUCAGAUACCGGUUUACAAACAUUUCGAUUUUUGCACCUUAUCUGACACGGCAUGUCUCAGUAAAUUCAAUGAUAAAUGGAAAACUGCUUUUCCGUAUGAUACAGAAGAUGAUGACUUGUCAAGAGAGCUACAAAAUAGUUUAAGAUGCGAGAAUAUUUGUUAUUCAGCUUGUGAGAAUACUAUAUAUAGAGUUUCAUCUCAUUACUUACCAUUAAGGAAAAAUUCGAAUGAUACAUUACUUCAUGUGUACUAUCCAGUUCAGAAAAGUAGCUUGUAUAAAAUUGAUGUAAUGUACCAUUGGUAUGAGAUUUUAAGUAGUUUUGGAGGACUUUUUGGUAUAACGAUGGGGUUGAGUCUAAUCUCAGUGGUUGAAGUGAUUUUAUUUUUAUCAUACAAGUGGAUAUCAUAUAGUAAAGAGGGUAAUCGUUAA